AUGAACGAAAACCAGACAAUUUCAGAAAAAGAGCUUUUGGACGCGAUAAAAAACCUUUUGAGGAAGAGCGGUCAUCUAAAUAAAUUUCAAGCAGAGAUGCGAGCAAAAGUUACCGAGGUUUUACAAGAGAGACAAAUGUCAUUAAAUCCUGGCUUCAAAAGUUCGGGUGCACCACAGCCUAGCGAUGAAGUUUUGUUAGUGAAUGAGCUCGUUAAGGAAUACUUAGAGUGGAAUGGGUACCUCUACACUGCCUCCGUGAUGACAUCAGAGGCCGCUAUGCCGAAUGUAAAAAAGACAAGGGCAGAACUUUGUUCAAAAGUAGGUGUCAAGGAUGAUGAAAAGUCGGCGACAUUGCCUCUUCUAUCCAACAUUAUUGCUGCAUAUACUGAACGUAUUAAGCGCAAGAUAAGCAGAAUCAAAAAGGAUAAUUGAUUAAAACAUUUAACUUGCCAGAACAAUAUAUUGUUGAGGGUAAAAUAUUGAUGAAUUAUUAAUUCUUGCCUAUUACGCAGAUGCAACCAAAAAUUUAGUAAAAUAUUGUCUUAAAUUAUA